GAAGAGGAAGCCAAACAGCUUGUGCGAGAUGCCAUCGCGGCCGGCAUAUACAAUGACCUGGGCUCUGGCAGCAACAUCGACGUCUGCGUUAUAAGCAAGAACAAGCUGGAUUUUCUCCGUCCGUAUGACGUGGCCAACAAAAAGGGAGACAGUGCCUCUUCUUACCGGGAGAGGCUACAGGAAGGUGUGUCUGAGCGCUGGAGGCCAGGAGCUGGGAACCCGCCGUGCAGACAUUCCUGGGCAGCCCGCAGGAGCAUGUCCCAAGGCAGCAACUGGAAUAUUCAUGGCAUCAGCAGUCAGCCUGCAGCUGAAGCUUCGCUUCCAGCCCGCAUUUCCGAGGCGAAGGAAACGUGCCGCUGGCUCCGGAGCAUCACGGAAAACUCCGCCACACGGAGACGUUCGCUCCUGAAGGAAAACACGUACAUCCAGACCGAGGUAACCACCGGCCGUGGGAAGAACAACCUUGCUGCUGCAGGCAGCCGCCGCGACGCUUCCGGCCUUCCAGAAACACGCCCCUGCCCGCACGCUUUACCCGGCCUGGCUGCUGGGAGACACCGACACACCCUGCCCUUCGGCCACCCGCUCCAGAAGCAUCUGGAAAUCCAAUCUUUACAAAUCG